CCUUGGCCAAUCAGCUCUCGGCCCUGGCAGCUAUAAUAUAGAACUAAAGGCAGACUCCUCUCACUAGCGUCUUGCUUUGCUACCAUUAAAAUCAGACCCUUUUUUUGUCUCUCGAUUGCUGUCUCCCGACCAAACUCCGAUGUGUUCCGUUAUCAGCGACCUAAAGCCUGCCAUUCCAGCACCUGUCUUGCUAGGGAUCGGUGGAUAGUAUACGAUUCAGAAAGCAGACAAGGACAUAGGAGGAGAGAGAGCUCUAGAGAGACAGCCAGGGAUAGGCACAGAGAGCUUUGAAGUAAUUGGAUUCAAUGGACGAAAUGCUGCUGUUGACAAGAAUUCUCUUGGUGGGCUUCAUCUGCGCUCUUUUAGUCUCCUCUGGGCUGACUUGUGGACCAGGCAGGGGCAUUGGAAAAAGGAGACACCCCAAAAAGCUGACCCCUUUAGCCUAUAAGCAGUUUAUUCCCAAUGUGGCAGAGAAGACCCUAGGGGCCAGUGGAAGAUAUGAAGGGAAGAUCACAAGAAACUCCGAGAGAUUUAAAGAACUAACCCCAAAUUACAACCCUGACAUUAUUUUUAAGGAUGAAGAGAACACGGGAGCUGACAGACUGAUGACUCAGCGCUGCAAGGACAAGCUGAACGCUCUGGCGAUCUCGGUGAUGAACCAGUGGCCCGGGGUAAAGCUGCGGGUAACCGAGGGCUGGGACGAGGACGGCCACCACUCCGAGGAGUCCCUGCACUACGAGGGCCGCGCCGUGGACAUCACCACCUCGGACCGGGACCGCAGCAAGUACGGCAUGCUGGCCCGCCUGGCCGUCGAGGCUGGCUUCGACUGGGUCUACUACGAGUCCAAGGCGCACAUCCACUGCUCCGUCAAAGCAGAAAACUCAGUGGCGGCCAAAUCCGGGGGUUGCUUCCCUGGCUCGGCCACGGUGCACCUGGAGAAAGGUGGGACCAAGCUGGUGAAGGACCUGAGACCUGGAGACAGGGUGCUGGUGGCUGACACCGAAGGCCGUCUGCUCUACAGCGACUUCCUCACCUUCCUGGACCGCGAGGACGGCUCCCACAAGCUCUUCUACGUCAUCGAGACUCGGCAGCCCCGGGCCCGGCUGCUGCUGACGGCCGCCCACCUCCUCUUCGUGGCCCCCCAGCAGAACCAGUCCCAGGCGGGGAGCGCCAGCAGCCGGGCGCUGUUCGCCAGCCGCGUGCGGCCGGGCCAGCGCGUCUUCGUGCUGGGCGAGGGCGGGCAGCGGCUGCUGCCGGCGGCCGUGCACCGCGUGUCGCUGCGGGAGGAGGCGUCGGGCGCCUACGCGCCGCUCACCGCCCAGGGCACCAUCCUCAUCGACCGCGUGCUGGCCUCGUGCUACGCCGUCAUCGAGGAGCACAGCUGGGCGCACUGGGCCUUCGCUCCCUUCCGCCUGCUCCAGGCCCUGCUGGCCGCCCUCUGUCCCUCCGGGGAGGGGUCCCCCAUGGGAGACCCCACGGCCCCCGGCAUCCACUGGUACUCUCGGCUCCUCUACCGCAUCGGCAGCUGGGUGCUGGAUAGUGACUCUCUGCACCCGCUGGGCAUGAUGGUGUCGUCCAGCUGAGGGGAACCUGCGCCAUCCCGCCAGGCUCUAAUGGAGAGACAGAGACAC